GAGUUUUGUGUGCGGUAGUCUGAGAGAUUCCCAAGAGGAGAAGAGUACUCGAAGGGUGAUCCGCCAAAGUCAUCAUCUAAAUGGAUGCAUAGUUUUUCACGUUUAGAUGCCACCGACGAGAUACCCCGUAUGGUAUACACAGUAGCAGCAGCACAGCGUGCAACAAAGCUUCGUAAUAAUUUCCAGCCUUGGAAUUGACUAAAUAUGGAAAUCAAAUCAUCAAAAAGUAUUCUACUACUUCUGCCUGGGUCUAGAUUUCCACUAUUUAUGCCAAAGUAGAAAAGGGAGCAGCCCUAGGAGAGAGAUACUCAUCCGACUGUAGUGGUGGUGGUUUGGACAAAGACGAAUAGAACUUCAUCAGUCUUUCAGUUGGGGGGGCUCUUUGCAAGGCCCCUGUUUGUCAUUGGUUCCACUAUACUCUUCUUCUUCUUCUCUCUAUAGCCCCGAAAAGUUGCCAGCUGCAUUCUCAACAUCAUUUAGUAAUUCGGGUCUCCAUUAGUUGCCUUAUGGCUGGCACUGUGUGUGUGUGUGUGUGUUUGCUGCAUGCGGGAAGAUUAGCGGCUGUUGUUUGCUCACCAUUUCUUGUUCGUUGCUUUUUUGUUUGAAUAAAGGGCGGCGGGGGCAAACGACGUCAUAUUUUCUUGCCUCUGCAAAAGCUAUUGUUUAAUUCUUUUGAUAAAAGAAGACUCCCUUAAGCCUGUAGUGUCAUCUACAUACCUGAAUAUUAGAUACUCUCUUUUUCUUUUAAGGAAUAACAACAAGCGUCGAACGCUGGAAUUGAAUUUAAAAAGAGAAAAAGUAUAAGGCUAAGGGGUUUAAGGAUGAUUGCAACAGAGACGCCAGUCAAGAGAGCCUGUAAUAUCGAUUGGUUUUUAUAAAAGAAGAAAAAAAAGGACUCAAAGUCUAGACGAAUCUACUAGACUCGUAGUUACCUACAAUCUAUCAAGAAGAAGUGCUGGUGGGAAAAGAGGAAUUGAACAGCCGCCGAGAAAAGGUUUCCUUCUUUUUUUGUAAACAGCACGGACGCGUAUAAAAUGGGCGAGGAAUUAUAGUGAGGAGCAGACGGGAGCAUUGUGUGUGCGAGAGGUUGUUUGGAUCGAGCUACUACCAGCACUCGUCACUCUGACCGCCCCCUCUUUUCUUUUUUCUACUUUUUUAGUUUGUUUUUCGCUCGUUCCUGUUGAUUCUGCACACAGCUGCGCAAAGUGGCUGCUGCGCCACGACAUGGUCGGAGUUGAUCCCGAUGAGGAGAGAGCCGAGAGAGAGCAGGAAAGUUUAUAGAGCAUGACCCGAGACGACGGGCUAGCCAGUUGUCCCGCCACUCUGGCCAUGGACUGCUGGACCCGUACAAAUCCCAUACAAAGCAAAUAAAUCAAAUCCCUAUUGCUAUUCUUCUUCUUCCGGUGGUGCACCGUGUGUGAUCCUGUCAGUUGGGCAGGACGACGACGCAAAGUCGAAAAUCGAAUCCAUCAUUUGAUCCGUGAUUUUUUGUUUUCAAGUUUGUUUGCAUGCAAGACUAGCAACAGCGACUGGCACAGCACAAUUGUCAACACAAACCAAAUGGGCUCCUGGCUGGAACGAAUCUACGGCUGCUGCUCCAGCGCGGAUUGGUGCUGGUGGCCCAAUUCAAGCUCAUAUAUCGUGCCGAUUAUGAAAGGAGGGGUUCAUGUUUAUGUAUGUACACAGCAGCAGUAGUAGUAGCAGCAGCAGCGCACUUGUCCUGGCGGCGAUAUCAAUUUCACUACUGACAUGCUAUAUCAUCUAUAUAUGGCGGGCCCCGGAUUUUUAUUGCGAUCGGCUCCAGCGCCCCCAAUCGUUGGGUUUGCCUCCUCCUUAUUUCUCUCUCGUUGCGGUUUGACAGUUGUUUGCGCCAGGGUCGCGGGGCCAUGAUUUGCAGCUCCAAAAGCAAAGACGGGGGGCAAUGUUUCAUCCAUUUCCGUCGUAAUGGCACCCCCAGCAGCUCUCUAUAGGCAAGUCGUGUUGUGAAAUGAUGAUGGCGCUAUUACCAGAUGCCACACCUGUUGCCAUUUUCAAGAUGAAUCGAGUCCUUCAUUUAACGCGCAUGAGGAAGUAUAAUCCAGCGGCGGCAUCUGGCAGGGACGACGACGACGACGACGCCCUGAUUGAGGCGACGGCCGGCAGCUUUGAAUCCAACAGCGGCAGCAGGAUCGCCAUGCUCUCCCGCGGUAAAAUUAAGUAUGUCAAGGCUGGAGUUGUGAACCACACGGGAUCCUCCCACAUCGGGAUUCCCAUCAUCGAUCCGCUGAUUGGCCAGGAUUACAACAACAGUAGUAGCGGCGGGACACAUCGUCAAAAUCAUCAUCAGCGGCAGCAGCUGUUCACGCAACUUCAUCAGCACGCCCGGCUCCUGGUCAACAAGAACAUCUUUCAUUGGCAUCAACAGACGCACCAUCAGCAUCAGUGGUGGUGGGACUCGAGCACUCCGCCCUCCUCUGUCGAUCUCGAAUGGGAACACGAAGGUUUAAUGCCGCCGGUGAUGGAAUCGGCCAGCGAGGAUGGAGAAGCCGAUGCGGAGGACCAAGAUGAGGUGGAUUUGUACGAUACAGCCGAUGAAGGGGAAGCGGCCGAUGAAGGAACGAGAGCGACGGAUGUGCUGGCAAGGACGACAAAGAAGACUGCCGGCCCAAAUGAUCCGGUCGCUCCCCAUCGAUCCCCGUCACCUUCUUCCGCUUGCCACUCUCUGGAAUGGGAUUCCAACGGCGACGAUUUCUUCGGACACGAUUGCCGGACACACAACAUCAAGGCCUUUUCAUCCUAAAUGAUCCUGAAAUUUUCCCCUCUCUGUGUGUCCCCUCAAGAGAGCCGGGACGAAAAUCGGGAGGGACAGUGAAGAAGAGCACAUAGUAAGGUGGAAAUAUAAAAACAAAACAAAAGGGAAUAACAGAAAAGAAGAAGAAGAAGAAAAAGGGAUCAUGAGAUUUUCAAGUAUAUCCCAGUAGGGCAGGGGAGAAACCAGCCUGGAGGCAAAUCCAAAUGUCAUUUUGGAGGACCAAACACAAAAAAUAAAAAGAAGAAAAGUAAAGGAAGCGAAAAUAAUAGAUGUCGACCUACACUACCACGCGCUCCUUGUUCAAGGCGAGAUCAAUAAGGCGCCAGCAGGCAUUAAAAGAGCGCUCUCUACUCGCUCCUUUUUUUCUUAGGGGACAAUCGAUCCACGUUCCCGGCGUGUGAGAGAUCCGUCGGUACGUACGUGUGGGGGGGCUUUCUCUUGGCUUUGCACGCGGACAUAGAUGGCGACACUCGGCCUCGACGGCUCCUAAGCCCCCACCGACUGUACACACAACCCCCGCUCGCUCCCGACAUCACCCGAAUAGACGAGUGAACGGCGAUCAAGCGAUUCCAAGGCCUUAUGUAUUAUUUUUGGGGGUUGUUGCUGUUGCUGUUGUCUUCGUCUCUCAUCUCUCGUGUUAUUAUCAUUUCACUUGUGUGUCUUUUUACUGUACACGUCUGUCUAGUUGUCUUCCAUCUCUUCACCCAGAGCUAUUUAUUAAGGGAUGUACAGACUUGUGUGAGCAACGGUGGGAAGAAAUGUGACUGGCGUCGGCUGGUGUGAGCGGAAGCAGCAAAUCGUCUUUCAAAUGGUCAUAUCAUCAUUUCGCGGCAGCGUUCAAAGGCUCCCGCGCUCUGAUAACCCUAUGCAGACGAAUUUUGAAGGCGCUUGUUUAGGAUGGCACGAGAGAUAUGCCGUAUUGUAUUGCAGUGUGUGUCUGUGUGUGUGUGUGUGUGUGUGUCUCUGAGUAUAAUAUGUGUGGAUUGUGAAUGUGUGUCGGGAUCAUGUUGUUAUAACCCCCUCCCCCACCCCACGUAAUCGAUUUUUCAUCAAUCUGGAGCGGAUGGUAAAAUGUCAACGUGUACAAACGUGCGAGAGGGGCGUCUCUUAUCAUCUCGUUACUGUCACCUCGUCUUGAAUAACGCAAAUAUAUCUGAAUUUGAGCCA